AACGAAACGACUUCGCGACGGAGGGACGCGAUGACGACAUGCGCGUUUACGUACUUGUAAGUUUGACGCGGCGAUGAUGGACGAAGAGGUGGCGAUCAUCGGCCUGUGGUGCCGCUUCCCGUCUGCGGAGGGGCCGGACGAGUUCUGGCGGGUGCUGGAGAACGGAGAGGACUGCAUGCGGGAGAUCCCAGCAGAGCGCUGGAACCAGGAGGCCUGGUACAGCCCAGAUAGAAAAACCCCGGGCAAGUCGUACGUGGAACGAGCCGGCUUCGUAGAUAAUUUCAAAGAUUUCGACAACCGCUUAUUCAACAUAAGCGGUCAAGAGGCAUCUCGGAUGGACCCACAGCAGCGAUGGAUGCUGGAGUGUUCGUACAAGGCCUUAGAGAACGCUGGCAUCCCUCUGAAGAAUGUAUACAACACCGACACUGGCGUUUUCGUUGGUGUCAUGAACUACGAUUACUACUGGAAUUCUACAUUGGACAUCGCAGAGGUAUCAAGCAACACGGCGACUGGGGUUUCUACCCCUGUUGUUGCCAACCGCGUGUCUUAUGCCUUCAACCUUACGGGACCCUCCAUGACGGUCGACACCGCUUGCUCAUCAGGAAUGACCGCCUUGCACCUCGGAUGUCAGGCUAUCCGUGCAGGUGACUGCACAAUGGCGAUCUGUGGCGGUGUCAACUUCAUCCUGAAUCCUGGCAUGUUCGUACAACUGUGUCGUGCCGGUAUGGUGUGCCCAGACGGUCGCUGUAAGCCGUUCUCCGCUGCAGCUAACGGCUACGCACGAGGGGAAGGCUGCGGUGUUGUCAUCAUCAAAAGUUGCAGAAAGGCGGUGAUGGAUAAGGACAACAUCUGGGCCACGAUCAAGACAGGGGUAAAUCAAGACGGACGUUCUGCAAUACCCAUGACUUCCCCAUCCUCAUCUCAGCAGGAACAACUGAUUCGCCGACUAUACGAGCAGCACAGUGUAGAUCCUAGCCAAAUUGACUACAUAGAAGCACAUGGUACAGGGACGCCCGUGGGGGACCCAGUGGAGGCCAAGAGUCUUGGAGCAGUCAUUGGGCAGUCAAGAGACAGCACAGAACCGCCAGUUCUAAUCGGCUCAGUAAAGAGUAACUUUGGUCAUCUCGAGUCAGCAGCAGCCAUGGCAGGGCUUAUCAAAGUCUUACUGAUGAUGAAGCACAAAAAGAUCGCGCCGACACUGCACUUCAACGAGCCCAAUCCAAACAUCGACUUCGUCGGUCUCCGAAUCAAAGUUUGUACAGAAGCCAUCUCCUGGCCUUCACAGGACAAGGACAAGAUGGUGGGCUGCGUAAACUCCUUCGGUUUCGGAGGCUCAAACGCGCAUGCCAUACUUUUCUCAGGACCACCCACUGGGGUAAUUGAAGAUCUAAGCAGGUCUGAAAAAACAAACAUCAUAGCUGUGUCGGCCAGUGGGAAAGAAUCUUUGCAAGCCUCUGUCGAAGGUUUGAUUUCGUUUCUGGAAAAGAAUCCACGAACCUCCCUUAGCAGAUUGGCAUAUACAUCUUCUGUCAAGAGAACACACCAUAACUAUCGCCUUGCUUUUCCAGUCCAGUCCCUUGAACAACUUAAUCUUGAGCUUCAGAAAGCACAGAAGGGUGUUUUCGGACCGAACAAUAGUUCAGGUCCGAAGAACACAGUUUUUGUCUUUUGCGGAAUGGGUACUUUAUGGGAAGGCAUGUGCAUUGAGUUGAUGGAGAAAGAGCCCCUUUUCAGUCGCAAGGUUAAAGAGGUGGAUGAGAUCUUCAAGAGAUUUGCUGACUGGUCCCUGAUCGACAAGCUUCAAAAUGCAGAGGGCUUUGAUGAUCCCGCUGUUGCACAGCCACUGAUAUUUGUCUGCCAGGUUGCCCUGUUUCAUCUGUUGAUGACCUGGGGGAUUGUGCCGAACAAAAUCGUUGGCCACUCCGUUGGCGAGGUAGCAGCAGCUUGUUGUUCAGGUGCCCUUUCUUUACCAGAUGCCGUUAAGGUCAUUUACCACAGGGGGUAUUUGCAGAGUCAGGUCACUGGUGGCAAGAUGCUUGUAGUCGGCAACUAUGAAGUCACAAAGGUGAACGAGUGCUGUCAGAAAUUUGCAGGCAAAGUUUCUAUCGCAGCUGAAAACAGUGGGAUGUCAUGCACAGUAUCAGGUGACGCAGAUGCAGUAGAUAGUCUGCACCAGCUUUUAGAUAAGAUCAACUCAGAGGAGGAAGAGGGAAGAAUGUUUAUUCGAGAGCUCAACGUCAAGUCUGCUUAUCACAGCCAUCACAUGGACCCCAUCUGUCACAAGCUGCGAGACGCGCUUAAUGAUAUCAAGGCGACUGAUCCAUCUGUUCAAGUGUUAUCCACUGUCACUGGGGAUUUGGCUUGCCAAGAUUUUGCCUGCAAUGAAUAUUGGGCAAAGAACGUCAGAAACCCAGUAAUGUUCAACUCAGCCAUGAAAAGGGCAAUCGACGCAAAAGCUAGCAACGUUGUCGUGGAAAUAGGACCAAGGCCAGCACUUCGUACAAAUAUCAAAGAGAUCGCAGGUGAGGCACAACUGACCCUUGUUGCCUCGUCCAGGCCAAAACAAGAGCACGCAAGCAUUCUUCGGUCUCUGUGUGACCUAUAUCAGGCUGGCUUAGAUCCCCAGUGGAAAGCGUUCUUUGAUGAGGAUGAAGUUUAUGUCCCCCUACCUGUACCUCGCUGUCAUCUGAACAGGCAGUCCUUAUGGUUCGACCCAGAGGCCGGGAUCUCUGUGAGGCAGGAGAAUGAUAGCAGCGCAGGCUCAGUCCAGUCACACUUGAAAAGGCUGUCAAACAGCCCUCCAAGGUUCCGAUGCUCCAUCACAGAGUCCACACACCCAUAUGUGUAUGAUCAUACUCUGCAGGGUAUGGUUGUUGUGCCUGGCGCCCAGUAUGUAGAUCUCGGUUUAGCUGCCAGUAUGGAAGCCAUGAAGCCCCGCCAGCCCCCGCCAAAUUGCAGGCUACAAAUCGAAUUCCUCUCUCCGGCAACAAUAGGGCAGCAAAGUGAUAAAACCGACCUUGUUGUCAGUGUCCACCAUGAUGAGACGGCACGAAGAAUCAUAUUUGAAGAGAGAACCGAUAGAGCACUGCAUGCAAGAGGCCAUGUGGAAUAUGACAGCGAGCGCCAGCCUGUCCUUUAUCAUGCCAACCUCGCAGCAAUUCAAGAACGCUGCUCCAACCUACUACCAGAGGGAAUUAUCUACGGCGAAUUCAGGAAAGUGGGUUUCCAUUACGGUCCUUCCCUUUGCCAACUCAAGGACUGUCGGUAUAGCAAAUCAUCUAUGCACCCAGAAGCAUUGUCUAUGGUAGAAGUACCAGAUGUUGUAUCUCAGGACAUGCACAACUGCUGUAUCCAUCCUGCGCUGCUUGAUUACGUGUUGCAGUCUACAAUAUUGCUCAUGAUCAACGAUGCUGAUGACAAAGAAACGCUGUUGCCUGCUUCAAUAGGGAGCGUUGUCUCCGUGAGGCCCCCUGAACUCAGAAUGUGGGUAUACGUUCGCCAACUGUACAAAACAAAGGAUGCUUUGUGCUGCAACGGAGCGCUGCUGGGAGCAGAUGGACAGGUCAUUGUUGAGAUCCGAAACAUCGUCUGUAAAGUUCUGACCGACAAGCAAUCAGUGCCCUUUUCUGACGUCACGUACACCAUGGAUUGGUUUCCAUUUGAGUCCUGUUGUGAAGCACCAGAGGAGUCUGUGGCUCAGCUCAAGUGCCUUGUCCUCGCAGAUGACUACGGGAUCCUAGAUAAAAUGAGGCACCUUGUCAGUCCUGACUCCAUCUUCAUCUACCGGGAUGAGUUCUGUGAACAAGAUUUCAGACUUAACAGCAGCGUCUUACCCUCCAUUAUACAGCAGAGGGACGAGUCCAUUGAGUUCGACCAGAUACUCCAUUGCUGGGGUAUUUCCAUGGUAGAGGAUUCUACAUCCUGCGGCGCGGCACUGAGGUCAGCCGUGGAAGUGGCAUGCGAGAGCCUGAGACAACUACUGAAGAUGUUGAUAGGAAUGGAUAAGAGUAUUCCAGUAAAGGUUGUCACAAGAAACGCUCAACUGCAGAUGUGGAAUGGGUACACGGAAGAAAAACAAGAAGAGAUUCCACCCAAUGCCAUCGACCUGGUGGGACCGCCGCUUUGGGGUCUUGUCCGCGCUGUGCUCCGUGAACGGGCAUACCUGAACUGUCAGCUGGCCGAGCUUGCAACUGGAACUGACGAUGAAAUUCUCACUCUCGUUCAGGAAAUCGCAACAGCUGAGAUGUCAGAGUUCACAGAAAUCAUGUUUGCAGGUAACAGGAAAUACUACAUUGAAAUGCUACCCCGCAACCUAGACAAGGUUUCCUCCAUGCAUCGACUCAACAUCGCAGAGGAAGGAAGCAGAGUAAAACUACAAAUAGUGGAGACAAGCAAACAGCAGAGUGUCAGGGCCACAUAUGAUGAUGAGACACCUUUCCUGAAUGCCGACUACCAUGUGCCCCAUGCUUAUAUCAGGGUAUCUGCAGUUCGCUUGCACGAGGCUUCCUUUGCACCUGUGAUGAAUCCAACGGAAGGAAGAGAUGUUGUACCAUGGCUUGAGGACAGCAACUGCAGCCAGGACCUCCAUGCUCUAGACUUUUACGGAACAGUCACUAAUGUAACAGAGAAGUGUAAGAUUAAAGUGGGGGAUGUUGUUUUUGGCUGUUUCCCUGUUGUCGCCAGUUCAACCUUGUGCGUUCCUGUCUCUAUCUUGAAGAAAGCUUCUGCUUUCCAUCAGCUAGAGAACUUGCCUUGUUUGUCAUUGUUGGUGCUUGCUUGGGAGGUCCUGGCUGGUGUGAAGCCAAAACAACGCAUUGGUCUUGUUGGCGGGAAAGGUUGCUCGAUGUUUGCCUGUGCAUUGGAUGCCAUAGCAACCAGGUUAAAGGUGACAGUGACGAAACUCCAAACCGCAAGCCCUGAUGAGCAAUACCCUCUGGUUCUUGUUUGGGAAGUGGAUGAGGCAUGUGAAAGCGCAAAGAAGCUGCAGGCUAUGGUUGAAUCCAAUGGCCAAAUCAUCAUCAUCAGAGGUAAAGGCGCUCAUGUACACGAAAUCUCCCCACUGAACACACCAACUAUUUCCAGGCCUGACAUACAGUUGAAGAUGGUGAACACUUGGCUUCUGUUCAGGGAGGCAAACCUCCUCCGGGUUAUGCCUUCUGUACUUAAGUUCCUAACAUCCGCUACCAAAAGCUUGUCAAAAAAUGAUCUUGCUGCCCACUUCAUUCCUUUGUCAGAGAUUUCCGCAUUGAGUAUGCCGAGUGAUAUCAGUUCAGAAUCUCUCAGUGAACAGCCAGAAGAAAGUUUGACAGUAGUAGAAUUUCAGUCGAAGACUGAUGUACCCGUUUGCGUCGACAAAAAACAACUCUUCCGCAAGGAUUGUGCCUAUCUGGUAGUUGGGGGACUAACGGGCCUUGGUUUGCUAACAGUAAGCUUCUUGGCUGAAAAGGGAGCUGGGUACAUCGCCAUUAUGUCCAGGAGUCACCCCAACGAAGAAACCAAUAGCGAGAUUUUGGAACUUGCCUCAAGAACGGAAACCCAAGUCGUGUGUCUACAAGCUGAUGUUACCUAUCUAGAUCAAGUGGAAGCUGCCAUCCAGAAAUUAGAAUCGACAUUUCCGGGUGUACCCUUGAAAGGAGUAUUCCACAGUGCAGUUGUCACAAGCGACGGCGUCCUCAUAAACCAAGACCACAGUCACUUUCAAAGAGGCAUGGAAACCAAAGUGAUAGGAACAUGGAAUCUGCACAUUGCAACUCAGCGUUUCCGGCUUGACUACUUUGUCGGGUAUUCGUCCAUCGCAGCAAUCAUUCCAAAUGGUGGGCAAACAGGGUACGCCGCUGCCAAUGCCUUUCUCGAUGGCUUCAUGUUCUAUCGCAGACAGCUGGGAUUGACUGGACAGACAAUCAACUGGGGAGCAUUGAAGCUCGGUUUACUUGAGAGAAAUGAAGCAGUUGCAAAGAAGCUGGAGCAACAAGGGGUGCCAGCCAUGGAGCGUCAUGACAUUGUCAAAUAUUUGGAGAAUUGUCUGUUGCUCAAUAAAACACAGCUCAUUGUGGCCCAGGUCAACUGGACUCGUAUCAAGAGAGUUCAAGCAAGGAUGACGGAUUCACGUCGCUUUCAAAGGAUCCUUAGCAGCAUACAAGGCACAGAAGCGCAAGAAAACAUGAACGCAUUUAACGUCGAUAUUGAGACGCUGUUGAAGCAAUCGAGUGAAGAUCAACUUACAACGUUGGAAGCAGUGGUCAAACAGAUGUUUGUGCUGCUUUUGAUGGCAGAUGAGGAGGCGGUAGCUGCCAACUCCUCCGUCGUAGACCUUGGAAUAGAUUCCCACACAGCUAUAAAUGCUCAACAGCUAAUCAAAGUGCAUAUUGGGGUGGAUAUUCCCAUCAUCAUGUUUCUCAGCCAGGACACCACCCUAGGCUCUUUAGCAGAGGCCAUACAAGAGCAGCUAGUUAAAGGCGACUCCAGCAAAGUCUCAACGGGAGAGCUUGAGGACCAGGAACUUGACAAGACGCCCCGUUUGCAACAUGACAAAAAUGAAUCAGAAGCUGAAACAGAAGCCAUCGAGCCUCUAGCAAAUGAAGCUGCACCCGUUCUCAGCCAAGACGACGGCUUCAACCUAACGGGCACUUCGUCCGAGAUGGGGCGAUUUUCACUCGCAAUGACAGAUGUCUUCUACCAACAAAUGAAUAACACGAUUAAUGACCACGGCAUUUCGGCCUGUCUACACGAGCUGUUCGAGAAACAGGUAAGGGAUACACCGCAACGAGUGGCUGUCAUUUUCAAAGAUGCAAAUGUCACCUACCAAGAGCUCAACAGGUCUGCGACAGAUCUUGCACAGGAACUAUUGAAGCUACCACAGCGGAAGAAACAGAGACACGACUGUGUAGGAAUCUAUCUGGAAACCUCACCAGAAUUACUGAAAACACUAUUGGCCAUUUGGAAAGCAGGUAAAACCAUUGUCCCACUUGACAUGACCGGGCCUAUGGAAAACGUGACCCAACUGAUAGAAAUGUGCAACAUCCAGGUCAUUGUGACUGAUUUCUCUGGAUACCCAUUGAUAUCUACCAAGCUCCCCAGAUACACGGGUCAUGUCAUUACUGUCCCUGUGGAGCAGAAGUUGGAGAACGAUGAUACUGUUCUUCAGAGCGUCCUGCUGCCAGACUCGACUGCAUUUUAUAUGCAUGAUGCAGGCAAUGGUAGAAGGGUUGUCCAGGGUCUGCACUCUGGGGUGUUGAAUCGCCUAACUUGGAUGUGGGACAACUUUCCCUUCAAAGAAGAUGACGUUUGCUGCCUGAAGACUCCUUCGAGGCAUCUUGAUGCUCUUUGGGAGAUUCUUGUUCCACUCCUCAAAGGAGUUCCUGUUGUCGUUGUGACUGAGGGCACGCUGAAAUCACCGAUUGAGUUUCUGAAUGUCUUAAGUGAACACAAGGUCACACGACUUUCGGGCGUAUCCAGGGUCUUUUGGGAGAGACUCAUUAUCGCAGUCGAAAGGGUGUCCCCUGAAACCCAGCCGUGUGUUCGCCAGCUGCUCAUGAACGCCGAAAAUACAGACUUUUCCAUUGUACAACAGGCAAUGAAAGCACUCCACGCUGAAGAAGCUACGGUGAUGCUUAGUCGUACGGCUUUCUAUUCAGGAGUUGUCUUUUGCAACCUCAAGCCAAGCUCUGUAGAGAACGACCUGUCCUUUGUCCCUGGUUACAAUACAGCAGCAUACGUAUUGGAUGAAGAACGGCAACUGUGUAAGAUCAACCAGCCAGGUGAGCUAUGCCUGGUGUCGCCUGGGCUUCCCUAUCACGACGCGACAGUGACGAGAAACAGGUUCACCUCCAUAGCUGUGGAAAAGGUGGUGGCGACAGGAAUCAUGGCGGUGCUAACAGAACAUGCAGAGAUCAGCCUCCUCAAGGGCGGAUCCGUGCGGAAGAGUCAGCCACUGAUGUCCAGACUGAUGAACGGUGGGAAAGGUCAGCACCUUCACGAAAUGAUGAAAGGAACUGUCUUCACGAAACGGACGACGAAGGCAAAUGCACAUGAGCGUUAUGUCAGACUAGUGUUGAAGCACAACGAUCAUCUGGAGGCCACCAUUAUAUGGGGACCGUCAGAAAACCAGCUAUCCUCUGAACUGAACGUCAGCAACAUCACCGAUGUCUCCUCAGAGAGAUCCACAUUGAUCAUCUCCACAGACCAAAGGAAGUUCCUGUUCAAGACGGAGAAAACAGAAGUUCUGCGCAUGUGGAUAGAGGGACUGCAGUACCUGCGAACGUUUGUUCAAUAGUCAAGAGGUUCAUUUCAAAGUCAAGAGAAGCCGUCACUGAACGUUCUACCUGGUCCUGGUGAACGGGUGCGUCUUCAUCAUCCUAUCAGAAAUUCAGUUUUAAAACUAAUGGAAACAUAAACCGCGCGAAAGGAGAGUACAGAUAACAAGGGAUUCGUUAAUUACACGCUUUAAUGUGUUGUUAGAAAUGGAAUUUCUCCAUUUAGCUUACAGCCCAACAGAUUUGUUGAAUUUAAACACUCUUGAAAAAAAAAUAGGCGGAGACAGAAGUAAUAGAAGUACAAUGUAAAUAACGCUCUAAAAAUAGUAGAAGAUACAUGUAGGAAUUUGGUCUGAUCCGGCUAUAUUCAUAACUCAUAUAUUUAGCUACAAUAUACUGCCAACUAAACCUUCGAAAUAUUUUUCUUUUACUAGUAGUAUAUUUAAAUGAAGAAGACAGAUUAUGCUCCAUUUACAGAACGUACGAAAUGCUGUAAUGAAAUUUUAGGCCGAAUACCAAACAGCACUAUAAAAAACUAGAUUGGCAGCUGUAGUAUUAUUUCCGUUAAAGACAUAUUCAGUGUCUCAGAGAUCAUAACGUCUGAGUCGUUACUCAUUGUCAACAAUAAUUAGCAAUGUAAAUACUACUUAGUGUAUUAGAAUAUAAAGAAUAUAUUGUUAGUCCGUGUCAUGAAAGCAAUUUACGUUCUUGGUAUACAGUAAACAAUGUAAAAUAACUGAUACAUUUUCUAUUAGAUAACGUUUAUAAUCAACAGUUAAACCUACAGACAUGUUAAAAUUCAGCAAUCCCCAAUCUUCACUGUGGAAGAAUUCCGGUCUUGGAAGUGUGAAACCAGAACAAUUUUACACAAAUUAUACCGAAUGAUGUUACCCUGUGAGUAGUUGUCCCACAAAUGGAACGUAAGACGUCGACAGGAGUCUGGAAUCAUCUAAUGUUCUAUUGCUGGAAUCAUAUUUCAGUUGUCUAUAUAAUGUACAUUUAAUUUGACUGAAGAAUAGCCAACCUUUACAUAUAUAUGUUUUAACAUAUAUAUGUAAAGGUUGGCGCAUGGCCCUUCAGUGAAAUUAAAAGCAAAAGUGCUAGAGCCA